AUGGAUAUUGCAGCAGCAAAAUGUGACACUAGUGGUAGUGAUUCGUGGAAUUGCUCCACACCCUGUACGAUUUGUCGUGAGCUGAAGCAAACCGAACAACCAGCUCCAACACCGCAACUACAGUUAGCCAUUUUAGCGGCCCGCCUGACAACCAAAAUAGCCGACAAUGAUGCUUUAUUCCGAUGUAAUGCUGAACUCGCCCAAACAAACCUGAAACUGCAGAAUGAGGUUAGCGAAUUGAGGGAACAGAUGGCCAAAUACAUCACAUCUGUCAAUAACGUUGAUACCGCAGCUACUAACCAACAACCAAAACAGCCCUCGAAUCAAUCAUUGGAACAGAAAGCAAUGCAUAUAGAAAAAAAGGAAUGGACACCGGAUGCAGAUUUCGAUGCAAAGUUAGUCAGCAAUUGGAAAUUCGAAGAUGCUUAUCAGCAAUCUUCACUGGAUCAACAGAUUACUGAUUUCUUGAUGAAGGAUGAAAUCAACACGCGUAGCUUGAGAAAGUUGGAACCCCAAGAACAAGAUAAAGAAAGCUUGAAAAAGAAGUUGAAUGCAAGCAGAAAGUUUGAAGAGAAAAAUGAAAAAAUGGAAAAUAACGCUGGAAGGUUGGGGAAAUGUCUCGAAGCCUCGGGGGAAUAUUGCUUGAAACAUGAAAAUGGAAUGGAAGAGGUAGAAGAUGGAUUGGAAAUAAGACAGUAUGAAGAUGCCAAACAUCAGCAAAAAUUAAAAAAAACGUUUGAAGACAAGAAAUUGAAAGUAAGUCGAAUCGACAGUGAAGAGUUUUUGUCGCUAAAAAGCCAGAAUGUGCAUAUGGGAAAUUCAGAUCAAGAAUCGAAAAGAUUGAGAGAAGAAUUACAUUCCACUAAGAUGCCUUAUGAAAAUGAGAGAGUACAUCGCAAGCUAUUUCAAGUGGGUUUCACUAAGAGAUCAGAAGAACAAAAAAAGGCAGUAAAGACAAAAUUAGAAGAUGAGGGUGACUGGAUUUCGGAUAGCGCUCCAGAACAUUUUCAAACCUUGCUUGAAGAGCAAGUACAGGAUAUCGCUCGGGGUAGUAGUGUCGAAGAAGGGAGAAUGAAGUUGUUGCAGGAAUUAGAAGAGCAACUUCAACAAAAGGAAAUUGAAAUGCAAGAACUUGAGAAAAGGAAUAGAUCUCUAAGUCAACAAUUGAAAUCACAGCAACGACUGAUUGAAGGAUUGGAGAAGAAACUCGAUGUGACAGAAGAAUAUAGCAUGACACUGGAAGAGAAAAAUGUGAGCAUGGAACAAGAAAUUACUGAUCAAAAGAAAAAAUACAAAGAGCUGAUGAUGGAAAAAGUGAGGUUAAGGGACGAAGUAGAAAAUGAAGUAACAGCGAAAUUGCACGUAGAAAUUAUGUUACUCAAGCAAGAGAAUGAAAGCCUGAUCGUAGAGUUAGCCAAAAAACAAACAUCCCUAGAUGAGGAAAAGGCAAAAAUGAAAACUAGAUUAGUAAAUUUAGAAUAUCGAGCAGUGAAUCGCGAAAUUGACCUCGAGAAAUCGAAGACAAAACCAAAGCACACGCAGGAAGAGAAAAUCCAGAUGGAACGACAGUUAGACGGUAAUGGUACGCAAAUGAAUGAGCUACAGGGAAAGAAUGAAGUUGAUCAGGAAUUCCAUCAGCAACUUGUUGAAGCACAAAGAAAAAUAACAGAACUAAAGCGCAAACUGGAUCAAGUAAUAGAACAGAACGGAUUAUUGAAAAAUGGCGAGCAGAAAUUAAUGGAUGCUCUUGUGAUCUCUAACAAACAGCUAGCCGAAACGGAAUCUAAAAAUGAGAGGCUGGAAUCAGAAAUUUCUAAUCUGCAGGCUUCAUUAUUAAAAGCCGGAGAAAUGGCUAAAAAAACAGAUCAUUCGGUAAAGUUGAUGCAGGAUGAUCCGAAUGCGAUGAUCGAGAUACAUGCAAAGGCAGGGACAAGUUCGGCAUCGAUACAAUCACUUGAUAACCCUGUCACUAUUGAGCGUUAUUGUCCAGUGCAGGAAAAGGUAGAUGAAUUGAAGGAAGAAUUCAAUGAGGCAUCAAGCGACAAUAUAUUAGUGAAGAAAAUUCAGUUCAGUGCUUUGGAAAAGAAGACUCCACUUUCUGCGGAAUUGAGGACGUAUCCAGUGCGUAGCUCCGUUUCUACUCCAUCACCUUUCGAAAUUAGUUUUCCAGAACUAAACGAAACUGAAAGCAAUUUGAGUAGUAAAUCGUCUCAAAAAAAAGUUUCAACUUUUGAUAAUCCGUCCGAAUCACCGUUACAAAAAACGACUCACUAUUUCCCGCAGGUGAACGAAGAUAAAUUGCGGCGGCGAAAAGGUGGCGGUGGUGGAUUUCAGGGUGCUGAGAAGAUAUAG